UUAUUGAGGGCGAAUAGAAAUAAAUCCAAUAGCGUACGGAUUCUAAAAAAUGAAACUUGAAGACAAAGUCAGAAAUCAAAGCAAAAAGAAAGCAUAAAUCAAUCAACACACGCAUACGAUACUCGUGCUCAUCAAAAACUUUAGCUGAAUCUACAAUCUGAAUUAGGUGAAACAAAAAAAAAUAAAAAAAUCAGAGAGAGUUCUAAAAAUGUACGUAGAUCACGCAUUCUCGAUUUCCGAUGAAGACAUGAUGAUGGAAACAUCAUACACGGCGAAUAACAAACCACCGAUCAAGGAGAUUGCUCUCGCCGUCGCUCUUCUCGUUUUCGGAACCCUAGGUAUCAUCAUCGGUUCUCUCAUGGCUUACAAUCAUGUCGGCGGCGACACUGCUCACGGUCUCUUCUUUGCAAUACUGGGAUCAAUCUUGUUCAUACCAGGUUUCUACUAUACACGGAUUGCAUACUAUGCUUACAAGGGAUACAAAGGGUUCUCAUUCUCUAACAUACCUCCUGUAUAGUUUUCUCCAGUACCAUCCUUAUGUAUAGAUGUUGAUCUUCUAUGGUUGCCCUUUUGUUUUAUUUGUUCUGCCUUGCGUCUAAUGUACAUUUACAUUCACUACAAAUGCUCUGAACAAAUAUAUUUACAAAUUAUAGCUGCUAAAAAUUUAUAUUGCUAUAUAGAAUGAAGAAUCAAUCUUCCUGCUUUGAA